AUGCGCGUUGGACUGGAAUUCCCAGAGUUCCGUGCUGCAUGCUGCCUCCGUCUUCUUCCCUAGUAACUGUUGGCUGAAAUGCAGGGCCUCUCUUGGUGAUUAGGACUGGCAAUUAUAAUUUCACAUUACUAAGUCACAUGUUGUAAAUGUUUACAUUUUUUACUAAUAUUUAUUUUCCAAAAUGGAAAGACUGAUAAAUCCUGAAGAUCACAUCCAUCGCCGGGAAACCGCGGAUUUGCUUAUAUUUAAUGUUUUGCUGACCCUUACAAUAAUGACUAUUUGGUUGUUUAGACAACGCAGAGUUAGACUUUUGCAUGAAACCGGUGGAGCAAUGUUGUAUGGGUUAAUAAUGGGCGCAGUUUUACGAUAUGGAACCCCACCUUCACUCCCUCAAAGUACUCUGAUAUUUAGCUGCUGGAACCUCCAAACCACUCCUGCAACACUGAUGGUUAACCUGUCAGAUCAAGUGUUUGAGUAUCAGUACAUAGGAGAGGUCGCCAACGACAACGUCAAAGCUCAUCAGGGAAAUAAGAUGCUCCGAAAGUUGACAUUUGACCCAGAAGUGUUCUUCAAUAUUUUAUUACCGCCAAUAAUAUUUAAUGCAGCAUAUAGUUUAGACAAGAGGCCCUUCUUUCAUAACUUUGGGUCAGUGUUAACAUAUGCCUUUUUCGGGACAGUCAUCUCUUGCAUUGUCAUUGGGGCUAUUAUGUUUGGCUUUGUUCAAAUCAUGUCAAACCUUGGCCAGACUGAAGGGAUGGAUUUAUUUUUCACAGACUGUCUCUACUUUGGGGCUUUGAUGUCGGCCACUGACCCAGUGACAGUGCUCGCCAUCUUCACAGAGCUGCAUGUCGACGCGGACUUGUACACGCUGUUGUUUGGGGAGAGUGUACUCAAUGAUGCUGUGGCUAUAGUUCUAAGCUCUUCUAUAGCAGCUUACAGACCUCCAGAGAGCCCUGCAGCUUUUAGCGCAAGUGCUUUCUUCCUGAGCGUUGGACAUUUCAUUGGGAUUUUCGCAGGCUCUUUUGCCAUGGGAACCCUCUAUACUUUUAUUACAGCUCUGAUAUCCUUUGCAUUGUACCUUUUAAACAGUGGAAUUGGGUUUACUAGUUAUAAGUUGAGAAUGGAAAAGCUGGAUCAAAUUACCAAGUUUACAAACCUGUACGAAUAUCCACAGGUGGAAACAGGACUGUUCUUCCUGAUGUCAUGGAGUGCAUUCCUCUCUGCGGAGGCCUGUGGCCUUACAGGGAUUGUUGCUGUGCUAUUCUGUGGAAUGACACAAUCCCAUUAUACUUACUUCAAUCUUUCAUCUGAAGCCAAAUCAAUAACCAAACAGGUGUGUGAGUUUAUGAAUUUCCUUGCAGAGAACUUCAUCUUUUGCUACAUGGGCCUGGCAAUGUUUACCUUUCUCAACCAUGUCUUCAACGCACUGUUCAUAGCAGGGGCCUUUCUAGCUAUUUUUGCAUCCAGAGCAUGCAAUAUAUACCCUCUCUCUUUCCUCCUAAAUCUGGGUAGAAAAAAAAAGAUCCCUUGUAGCUUUCAGCACAUGAUGAUGUUUUCAGGACUCCGUGGAGCAAUUGCGUUUGCUUUGGCAAUCCGAGACACAUCCACUGAAUCCAAACAGAUGAUGCUAACCACAACAUUGCUCACCGUGUUUUUCACUGUCUGGAUCUUUGGUAGUGGAACUGUUCCAAUGCUGUCGUGUUUGAGUAUCAGAGUGGGCGUUGAUCCUUCAGAAGAUUCAAAGGCAGAAAUCACAACUCAGACAGACGCUAGGGAGAGGGCAUGGCUUUUCAGGAUGUGGAAUGCUUUUGAUCACAAUUUCCUGAUGCCCAUUUUGACCCGCUCUGGCUCCCCAUUGACAACAACACUGCCUGCAUGGUGUGGGCCUUUCGCCAGACUAAUGAGCAGUCCACAGACGUACAGGAGUCGAGAGAACGUAGAAAACCUCAGUUCAAAGCCUACUACAAAUUUUCCUGACAUAGUAGUGUCUCCUGAAACAACAGAAAACAAUGAUCGUCAAGCACCAGCAUCAGGAAACUGUCCCACGAGCCACCAGCUAACCAAGAAAACAUGCAAGAAAGAGAGCUCAGGCUCAGUGGCUUUGUCCUGAGAGUGCAGCCCUGUGGAGUGUGUUCAAAAGUAUAAUCCAAAUAAUACAAUAAAGAUAAGGUGCGAUUUUGUGAGACACUGACCUAGACAUGUUUUGCUUGUUCCAUGUGAACAGGAACAGGUUUCAGAACUGCUCGUUCUGAAAAACAGGGAUUUUUUGUCCAAAAAAAUGGAACAGGUUCCAGAAAAGGGAAAGUGCAAUGAUUCACCACAUUCCAGGUCUCUUCAUUCUAACAAAAUCACACGUUAAGCUUCAGUCCAGUACAUUGUUGGUUCAAUUUUGAAGUGGAUGUUUGAAUUUCAGUUUCAAGUGUUCUGUUUUUAUUAUUGUACUGUUCUAGGUUUUACAUUUUAAAGUUGGUUACUUUACAGUGAUGGUGUGGGAAAAACAUCCUGUCCAGUCCAGAGAUGUUGUGUGUCCUUGUUAAACCAGUUCAAUUCCAUGUUAUUUCCAAACAGGUGUCAUCUUACCUGACAAUGUCCUUGUUUUGACUGACUUUACAGUAUAAUCACCCUGUAUAAUAAAAAUGUUGUUAAGUGAAAAAUAUGGGAUAGAUUGCACUGUGUAAUUAGAUUCAGGAUUAAAGACAUUUUAUCCCAUAUGCUAAGUUUGCGUCUCAACUCUGUUAGAACUAGUUUUAAAUGCAAUGUUUUUAUUUUUGUGUUGUUUUUAAAUCUGACACCAUUUUUUUUUUCUUUAUCCUAUGAGUUCAGAGUUUUGCAUCCCUAUUGGUUUUAUUUAUUUUACAUAAAUGUUUUCCUUUAACACAUGGAACACUUGCCACAUAUCUAGAAAUACACACUGUCCACGUCCAGCUCUUGCUAAUAAUUAUAUAUGUAAAUCCCAGAUAUUAAUGUUCCUAUUCAUGAACAGCAAUAUGCCAAUGCACUGGUGUCAUAUGGAUGUAUUGAUGUUCUGUGCUGUAGGAAUACUGGCCAAGAUGCCUUAAGAAAAAAAUAUUUAUGUACCUAUUUGAGGCCCUGCAAUCAAAGUAAAAAGCCCAGCUGCUCAUGCAAAUACAUUUUAAUGUUUAAAUUAAAUGCAGUUGAGCCUUGCUGACAAACAGGUGUGAUACUAUUUAAUCCCCGCACUACAGUCUCCCACAAAUAUUGGCAAAUAAUUACUAAACGGUCGCCCUGAAACGUUGCCAGUCACAGAUGGAUAAACUAAAUACCACAGUAUUCUGAACGUACCCUCAUAUUGUGACCAUAGUGUGUGUAACGGAUCAUUUAGGUUUAUUCAGUGGGUUUUGCCAAUACUUGUUAUGUCAAAGGGUUUAGUGUAAUAUAGUAUAGUGUAGACCCUAACAUUUAAAUGUAUUUACCUAUAUUUUAUUAGAUUCAGUAUAGUUUCCAAUUGGAUUUUUGCUGGAUCUUUUCUAAUUAAAAGAGAACCUGUUUUUCUCAAUCUAAGAGACACGUUUCAAAGUUUAGAAAUUGAACUAGAACAAAAAGUUUGUAUUUUUAUACUAGCAAUACUUUUUAGCCAUCAGUUCUAAUGUGUGCAUAUCUGCCUGAAACUAAACUAAUUAUUUAUUUACAGUACCUCCUCCAUUAACAGUAUAUUUUCAGUUUUUUGCUCAACUAUUUUUUGGGGGUCUUUUUCUCUGUUUUGUUUUUUUGGUUGAUGUGGUCAGAGCUUUUAAAGUACAAAUCGGUGAUGAUGAAUCUUGUAACUGCUGCAGACACACCAACAAUAAGGUGCUGUUUUUUUUUGUUUUGUUUUGUUUUUUUUAGUGGUCUAAAUAAAACUGACUAUUGUAAUGAAUUAUUGUAUCAAGCUUCAAAAUUAUAGGCAGAAGCAGCCACAUUUGUACAAAACACAGCACUUUUAACUGAUGUGCCAACAAUACAUUCUUUAAGCAACUAGGACUCCAACCUGCAGCCAAAAACAACUGAGACAAAAUUGCAAUUAUGCAGCUAAAGUGAACUAAAUCCAUCGCUGUUCCAUUUUACAAUGUGUUUCAGGGCUGAUGUAUCUUCUCAAUAUUCCACUUCUGGAACUGUGGAAGCGUGUACUGCGCGAGGCCCUGCUCCCUGAGCACGCUGCUGCAGAUCUCCAGUCUCCAAGGGCAAGCUCCUGACCGGAGCCUGGCUAGCUUGAUUGUGGCUCGCAGACAGCUGUGGUUGUCGCAAGCCAGGGUCCCUGAUGCAGAUAAGGCCGCGCUGCUAGAUGCGCCUAUAUCCCCAGGACAUACCUUUGGGCCAGCCGUGAAGGAGAUAUCCAGAGAUCCCACUGGGAACACGAGGCGUCCCAGCAGGUGGCCGCGUUGCUCCCUCCCCGCUCUUCCGCGUGGUGCAGGUCGAACCGCUUGCAAGCUCCUCAGACGCGAACUGUCACCAGAACAGUUCCAGUUCCCACGGCUCUGCUGGGUGACCUAAGGCAUCGCCUACAGGGCCCACCCGGCAGGCAGAGGGAACGCAGGACAUGGCCAGCCCACACACCAGAGUCAGAGGAGGUGUUUCCAGGGCCAGCGCCUCAGCACUUCAGAAAGAAGUAGACCCCAUCUCCUACGGAGAGGGGUACUACUCGAGGCAUUUUCUGGUACCUAGAAAAGAUGGUGGCUUUUGCCGUUCCUUCUCCUUCACGAUGGCUCUGGUAUACAUUAUCCCAUACGUAAUGUCAUUGGUGGUCGUCUUUGAAUUGAAAGGGAAUGUUAGGUUACUUACCGUAACACUGGUUCCCUGAAAGACAAACUCCAACUGCGAGGUCGCAUCAGUCGCCCUCACGGGUUUGAUGGAAAAAGAGAAAUGGCUUCCUCAGGAUGAGAGUUUUAUUCCCUCGGUGGGCGGGUCCGAGUGCAUCAUCCCAGGAAGGGGCCUAUCAGCAGCUCUGGUAUAGAGAGCUCAGCGAUACCUACCAAAUGGGAAGGCAUAUCCCAUACGUAAUGUCAUUGGUGGUAGUCUUGUCUUUCAGGGAACCAGGGUUACGGUAACGUUUCUUCAAUCUUUGUGUAGUAUUGUUAAUAUUUGUUUAUUAGGAGACGCCUUACCUUUGUUAAAGCGUUGACAGUUCCUGUGGACAUUUUGCAAAUGCUGCUGCAUCGAUCCCCAGGGUCCUAGCGUUUUACAAAACAUUGCAGCCAUAAACGCUUUAUUCUUUACAAUGAAAUACCGUUCACAUGUUUUGUAAUGUGUAGCUCGCAAUUGCCUGAACUGCACAGGCAAUAACUAGCAGUAUAGCCUAUAAUAGCCUACUGUAUAGUCUAUUGCACAGUAUAUAGCCUACUGUAUAGCAUAUUGCACAGUAAUAGCCUAGUAUGUAGUCUAUUGCAGCUACACUCAUAGAAAAAAAGGGUUCUUAAAUGGUUCUUUGGAUGUUGCCAAGGUUCUUUGAAGAACCAUUUGUAUGUGAAGAACCGUAUACCUUAUCAGAUGGUUCUUUAUACUGGCUAAAAUGCUGAAAAGGGUUCUUGAUAGUGUUGCAAAAAGAAUCCUCCCACAACCAACUUGCAUUUUCUGAAAAAUGUAAGGUACUUUCGAUUUACUUUUUUUUUCCCUUGUCUACUGUAGCCAACAACACAGUCCCCUGGUCUCCAUAGAAUGAACGAGCUGGAUACAAAAGCAAUACUGGGUUGAGCUGUGGAAAUAGACCCCAAAAUCAUUCUAAAUAAAUUAAAUCAUGUUACAUUAACUUAAACAUUCCUAACACUCAUCCAUUUUAAGUUAGUUGAACAUUCAGAUUUACUUUUGUUGUUUAAAUAUAAAUGGUUUAAGUAGAAUCAGGGGACUAGAUUCCCAUCAGCCCUUGUGGGACUUGUACAAUUUAUUUUUGGAAUUGUUUGUUGUUUAUUGUGUUGUUGUGUUGUGUAUGUGUGGUUGCACAAGUGUGUUGUGUUUGUUUGUCUCCCUUACACGUGUUCUCCUUGUGUUGUGUGUAGCUACCCCCGUUCAGUGGUCAGCCUGCGGAUGUGACCUCCCUCCCUUCUCCCUCCGUCUACAUCUCUGUAUCUGCCUGGUUCCAGCACUUGUAAAUUCUGCCAUGAGCGCAUAAGCAGAAGCAAUGCACUGGCAGCUAAUAAAGUAGCCUGUUUAAUGCACAUUCUGUUGCCUCCGCUAACUUUUUAUUGUUUAAAUGAAAUAAAAAUGUUCAAACUAAUUUGACUAUUAAAAAGUAAAUCUAACUCAAAUUGAUUGUUACAUGAAUAUAUGAGUUUAGUCAGCCCAAGAGAAAGUUGUCAUAACAAAAACUAAAUGAGUAGCUAAACUUAAUUAUAUUAAGGCAAUGAGUUUACUCAAUUUUUUUUUGACUAAACGUGACUUAUCAAGGUUUACAGUGUACAGCAGAGAGAGGAGGUUUUCACAAGUACACAUGCAUUUGAAAAAUGGACUAUUCUGUAAAUCCUAGAGAGAUGUGUGUAAUGCAAGGCUUUUAAUAGUCUGUGUCUAUUUAAUAUUACUAUUUCUACAAAUACAUACGUUUGAUGAUCACGAUUUACUUGUGGGUGGUGUAUUAAAAAACUGGUGGAAACUGAACUAUUUUUUUGUUUGUUUUGUGACAGUUAACUGCGGUGAAACCCCCUUGUAUUA